AACGAACAAGUCACAGUGCCAAAAGCUUCUGCAGAGAGAGAGAGAGUUCGCGGAGAAUGGGGAGGAAGAAGGGGUUGCCAGAGUUCGAGGAGACGGCGCCGGAUGACUUCGAUCCGGCGAAUCCGUACAAAGAUCCGGUGGCGAUGAUUGAGAUGAGAGAGCAUAUCGUUCGCGAGAAAUGGAUCCACAUCGAGAAGGCGAAGAUCCUGCGGGAGAAGGUUAAGUGGUGUUACCGCGUGGAAGGCGUCAAUCACUAUCAGAAGUGUCGUCAUCUCGUUCAGCAGUACCUCGACGCCACUCGCGGCGUCGGUUGGGGCAAAGAUCACCGUCCCAUUUCGCUCCACGGUCCUAAGCCAGAGGCUGUUGAAUCUGAAUAAUGUUAUACGCCUGAGUCGUGCGAGGCAGAGAGGGUGACUGAGCUAUGACUGAAUACUUGAGAGCUCUCCUCAGUCUUUGUGCAGUUUGUCCCUUUUCCGUUUUAGAAAUCGAUCGUUGGACCGACCAAUCCCCCCCCCCC